AACCUUAGGUAUUGGGGAAAGGGAAGUUGUUGAUGAUGCUUUGACCCCACACGACCCCACGAGUCUGCGUUGGUGAGGGCGUCGCAGUAGCACCGCGGUAGCCGGUGAGCACCCUCGCGCUCGCUCCAUCCCUCCCCUCUCCAUGGGCGGUCCCCAAAAUCUAGAUUAGUGCUCCGGCUGAUCCGAUCCACAUUACUCCGCAGACGGCUGAUUAUUGGAGCGGCGGCAGCGGGCGGGCGACCUGCGGCGGCAGCGGAGGGCGACCUGCGGCGUCGACGCCGUACAUCUGACUGGACCACCUGCGCGCGGCAGCCGUCGACACGAGGAAGCACUCGCGGGUGUCGAGAAGCUCGAGAUGAGCGAACACCAGUCAUCUGAACGGGACCCAAAUCAGGACGUCAUGAAGUUAUCGACGGGUUUAGAGGCUCUCGAGGCAAAAGCUUUGCCUUAUAUUGAUAAAGAAGGAGCAAGAACAACAGCAAGGUGGGGAUGGCUUAGGCCAUCCCAAAGGAAAAGGAAAAAAACAAAAACAACAAACAGAUCAGCCCACAAGAUCCGCCAGAUUGGGGAAGCAUGCCCCAGACUUGAAGUAAUGAAACAGAUGCGCAGGCUACGCAAGGAAAUAAGGAGGUUCCAACAGAUGGUCACACGAGAAGUUCCAAAUGAGAAUUUCAGACCAACAUCAGCAAAUGGUAAAGUUGAAAUCAUUGAGAUUGAAGAAAAUUAUGCUCUGGACCAUUUGAUUAAUGAAGUGUCUGAAAUUGAGGACCGGCUAUACAUCAUGGACCAACUGGUUAAAGAAAUGCCAGAUGAGGAUGGCGAGUUACUCAUGUGCUUGGAGGAUAUCGAGGCAAAUAAAUCCCGAAUGAACUGGUUGACAGCAAUGGUGAAAAGUGUCGAGAAUAGCAAUAGAUAUCCUUUUCUGACCGAAGGCUGUACUGAGAACUCCACUUCACUUCCGAUAACCUUGGUAAUCCCCAUUUUACCACCUCUUCCGGAUUUUGAGAUCAGCCAAAAGCAUAUACAGGUUCAACCUGGAACUGAAGAUAGCAGCAGUGACAGUGAUACAAGCAGUGAUAGCUGUCCAGAAUUUGAACAACUUCAAGACCUCUACUCUUUGGAGGGUCCCUACUGGGAAGCCAUGAAUGCGCCCACCAAAGCUCUAGCGACUGAUGAAGAAGAAGAAGACCUUAUGAUGGGAGCGUCUGUUCUUCUUGCCAGUGACCAGAAAGCUCAGACCAUGAUUGCAUUGUUUGAUGAGCCUGAAGCGUCUAGCAAUGUGUUUGGUCAGAAGAGUGGAACGUCUCGAGAGUUCUUGCUAAACCUACCGCUCAUGUACGUGUGCAGGGAUAAGAGAUGUCCAAUAUGCAAGAUUGGAUUCUCAUCGAAGGAUCGGUCUGCUAGACUUCCGUGCCGGCAUUAUUUUCAUGCGUACUGCAUUUUGCAAUGGUUACUUAAGAGAACCACAUGUCCAAUGUGCAGGAGAGAGUUUCCAAGGAGGUAA